AUGGGAAUUAGGGCCAGCUUCCCUCUCGCACAAUCUCCUGUUGCAUUCAAAAAGACUUUUGAAUAUGAUGCGUCAGGGUUACAAACGACUCGGCAGAAGAAAGAAGGGAGGAAUGAUUUUGAGGUUGCUACAUCACGUCUUUUUCACCAUAUCGAAAAAGACCGAAUAAAGCUGCAAGAGGCGAAACAUAAAUUCAGAGAAUUCAAAGCUGAGGACAUGAAGAGAAGCUUCCCAAAUUGGAAAGCUAAUCAGCUAAUAGAAUUUAAGUCGCAGUUCCUGAUGUUUGAUCUCAACCAAGACGGGCUUAUCGACUUCGAGGAACUGAAUGAAGUUCUAAUCGACCUGGGAGAUGAAUCCUCUGAUGAAGAGAGGCGAGACUACUUCAAUAAUUACGAUGAAGAUGGUUCAGGCCGAAUCGACUUUGAGGAGUUUCUUCAAUUGCUCUAUCGCGUCCAAUUCGACGAUUGUGAUUCGUUGACGUCUAAUAUCUACAAGAAGUCUGGAGAGGAAAGUCGACGAAUAAAGAGGCUCAGUAUUGUUGAUCAGAUGCAUCACGGGGUCUUCUAA